UCCUUCUUCUCCCUCUAUCCGUCACAUCCUCUCUCUCCUUUAUACAAUGAACUGUACUCUUAUCUGCCUAUAUAUAUCAACUCCUCUUCAAUUCUCCCCCCCCCACCUAUCCCUUUUAUCUUACACAUUCACUCUAUAUUGACCUCAUUGAUUUCUCUGAAUCAUAGAAUAAAUCGUGUCUGACUGAAUACAACUGAGUUUAGCAUUAAAAAAAAAUUUUUUAAAAACAAUAACUGAAACUUCAACCAAUACACGAAAAUAGGUGACUGACGAUUACUAGUUAUACUUAUAUAAACAAAACACAACCAGACCCACAAUAGUACAUAGAUCGUUGAGCAAAUACUAAUAGCCCACGCACUGUCAACUAGUAACACUUGAAAAGAAUCAUUAGGGCGAUUCUUUCCUGGAUUGCAGUACCAUAAAUCGAGCUCCUGCUACAUUAUUUAAAUAUUUACCUGUGACACUAUCGUAUACAAUAUGGACUCAGCAAAGAAACAAGACAUUGGUAACCUUGCUGCUUCAAUUGAUUAUUUUACAAACAGUCUUUAUCAAGCUGUGGCUACAGGAACCAAUGAAAAUGUCUUCAUGUCACCAUUCAGUGUUGCUACAGUUUUAUCAAUGGUUUAUUUGGGAGCAAGACAAAACUCUGCCAAACAGUUUGAAAAUGUUUUGAUGAUAACAUCAAAUCCAGAUUCUGUAGCUUUGGCUUUUAAAGAAUAUUUUUCACUUUUGAAAACAUCAGAUAAACUUGUCACAUUCAAUUCAGUGAAUCGUUUGUAUGCCAGUGAAAUAUUCCCUUUUUCAGAAGACUACAAGAACAACAUGGUAAAAUAUUUCUUUUCAGAUAUUGAAAAUGUAGACUUCAUAACAAAUGCUGAGAAGACAAGAAGAACUAUUAAUGAUUGGGUAAAGAAUAACACAAAUAACAAAAUUACCGAUCUGUUACCAAGUGGAAGUUUGACACCUCAAUCAAUUCUAGUUCUUAUUAAUGCUGUAUACUUCAAAGGAACGUGGGCUGAAAAAUUCCCAGAACAAGCAACAUCAUCUAGAAAGUUUUAUUUAAGCUCUGACAAGACUGUAUCUCAUGAUUUUAUGUAUAAAUCUGAAGAUUUUAAUACAAAAAUAAGCGACAACUAUAAAGUGGUUGAGUUACCUUAUAUAGGGAAAGCAUUUAGUAUGUUUGUAAUUCUUCCCAAUGACAUCAAUGGUCUUGCUGCUUUAGAGAAGGAGAUUAAUGCUGAAUUUCUCAAAGAUAUUAUAGACAGAAAAGGAUUUCAAACGAUGCUUCUAGAAUUAAAUAUGCCAAAAUUUCGUUUAGAGAGUAGUUUUCAGUUGGGUGAUGUUUUGAAAAAGCUUGGACUCCCUGAUAUUUUUGAUCCUCUAAAAGCUGAUUUAUCUGGAAUGACUGGUGGUGAGAAGAAUAUUUAUGCCAGUGAAAUGUUUCAUAAAGCAUUUGUUGAUGUUAAUGAAGAAGGAACGGAAGCUGCUGCUGCAACUGGAAUGGUCAUGACGUUAAUGUCAGCACAAAUUGGUAUGGAUUUUGAUGUCAAUCACCCAUUCACAUUAAUUGUUGAUAACCGAACUAAAAUGAUCCAUUUCAUUGGUAAAGUAACAAAUCCUACAACAUAAGAUGAUAUUGCCCUGUCAAAGAUUUCCCUCUUACGGAAUACUACAUUGUAUUAUGUGGAGAAUGUAACUGAGCAAAUAUUUUUAGAAUCGUUUUUUUAGUAAAAUGACUGAGGACAUUACAGUUGUAAUCGUGUAGAACCAAGGUCAUAUCUAUUCAUUUAUAUAUUAUAAUACCAUAUUAAUCUAAAUCAAUAUUAUGAAUUUGUACUUGCCAUACAUUGACAGAAAAAUGUUUCACUUUUUAACGUGUCUUUUCUUAGCAAGCUUAUUAUUUUAAGAAUAUACUUAUUGUUGCCUGUAAACAUUAUUUACUUGUUAAAUAAAGUGAAAUCAAUGCUUGUAUGUUUUUAUUUCUGUUUAUAUUAAUAAAGCAUCUCAGAAAAUAUUCCAUUUUAA